UAAUUGCAACUGUGUGUGUUGCGCUUUUACUGGCCUCCGCAUCGGCUACUAAUGUUAAGCAAUGCAAAAAUGGUCAGCCGUUCCCACUUGGUGUUGAUAUCGAGGGCUGUGACCAGCUACCAUGUAAUGUUGUCAAAGGCGGAAGAACUCUAAUGAAAGUCAACUUUGUGGGCACUCGCGAUAAUAUUAAGCAAAUAAGAGCCGUUGUACAUGCCACCGCCUUGGGCAUCACGGUGCCCUAUGAACUGCCCGAAGAGGUGGCCGACGUUUGCCGCAACUUAUUGUAUGGCGCUUCUUGUCCCAUCGACAAGU